AUGAAGCGAGUUUUAUUCUAUCUCGCCAAAAUGGCUGACGCGUCGGCGACGGUGCGCGUGAAAAAAAUACCCGAUAAUCUGUACGAGGUGUGUUUGACUAAUUUAGUGAACUACUUGCAAAGAUCCAAGUGCGAAAGGAAUGAUUUGCGGUCGUUGCCAGAUAGCAUCCUUAUGGAUGUUUAUUACAAGAUGCUGCAGGAGAAGCGAUUGUGCAUCUUGGGCGCGGAGCUAUCAGAGCUGGAUAUCUUCGAACGGUUGUUGCGUUUCUCCGGCGCUCAGCUUCGAUUACUGCAAUGCUUUCAGGCAGUCAUAGAGCACGGGUCAAAGCUGUCCGUGGAACUGGCCAGUGGAUACCUCGCGAGGUGCGACACCAACACAAAAUCGAGGAACUCGCUCAUACAAUUAGGACUUAGGCUUGGUGGUUUCCUUAACGAGGCCGGUUGGUACGCGGACGCACAGCGUGUGCUCCUGCGCUGCAGGGACCUGUGCCAGGUGCAGCCGCAGACCACGCACUACAAACGACUUACACUGGAAUGCUGCCACAGACUCCUUAACACACAAUCGGCAUAUUGCUGUUUCCCGGCAGCGGCGGAGACGUACGCGUUAGCUCUCAAACUACUGGGCUUGCCCGACGACGCCGCUGCCAAACUACCCGACGGACCCAUCGCGAUCGCCGAAACGUGUUCUAAAGCCCUACAGACUGACGAUGAAGAACAGAAUAGGAGAUUGGAUCCGUGCCCCGAGGAGUGGUGUGGGGGCGGCGGCGGCGGCGGCUGCGGCGCGUGGGGCAUGUCGGCGCUGCUGGCGCGGCUGUGCAAGGAGUUCAGCGCGCUGUUCUUCGUGCGCUGCGACUACAGCGCCGCGCACGCCUGGAGCAUGCGCGCGCUCUCGCUGCUCACGCCGCACACGCCCGCCAAAAUAACGAUCGAGGUGCUCCGGGCAUGUGGUAAGGCGUGCGUAGUGAAGCGCCGCUUCUCCGAGGCGGGCCUGCUGGUGCGGCAGGGCGUGGCGCUGGCCCGCGCCGCCUUCGGCCCCGCCCACCCGCGCUACGCCGCCGCGCUGCUCGACUACGGGUUUUACUUGCUCAACAUAGACUCCAUCACGCACAGCGUCGCCGUCUACGAGGAGGCACUGAGCACAUUGCGGCGCGUGUUCGGCCGCAGCAGCCUGCACGUGGCGACGGCGCAGGAGGACCUGGCCUACGCGCUGUACGUGCUGGAGUACUCGUCCGGGCGGUUCUACAAGGCGCGCGACCACGCGGAGCGAGCCAUACGCAUCAUAGAGAACCUCGUGCCUCCCGAUCACCUCCUGCUGGCGUCUGCGAAACGUGUGAAGGCGCUGAUCUUAGAAGAAAUAGCGCUCGACACACCUGCGGGACAGGACAUGCGAGAACCAAGCCUGCUAGAAGAAUCUGAAUCGCUGCACAAAGCAGCACUAGAGCUGAGUAUGAUGGCGUUCGGCGAGAAGAACGUCCAGACCGCCAAGCACUACGGCAACCUAGGCAGACUCUAUCAGAGCAUGCAGAAGUUCCAGGACGCAGAGACGAUGCACUUGAAGGCGAUAGCGAUCAAGGAGGAGCUGCUGGGGGCGGAGGACUACGAGGUGGGGCUCAGUGUCGGCCAUCUCGCCUCGCUCUACAACUAUCACAUGAACAUGCAUCGCGCGGCCGAGAAGCUCUACCUGCGGUCCAUCUCCAUCAGUCUGAAGCUGUUCGGCGAGCGCUACUCCGGCCUGGAGUACGACUACCGCGGCCUGGUGCACGUGUUCACGCAGCUCAAGCGACACGACCGCGCGCACCACUACAACGCGCUGCUGCAGCACUGGCACGAUCUCAGAGAGCAGUCGAAGGCGGAGCAGCAGCCGGCGCUGGGCGACGAGCAGGUGUUGCCGCUGGAACAGCUGCAAGCCAAGUUCUUCGCAGACAACGACUGAGCGCCGCCGUCCGCCGACUGCCGGACUCUACUGCCAUUGAGUAGCUUCGCGCUCGCUUGCGAUUGUCUCUCGAGUUACUUUUGGGGAGAUUGUCACCUUAUCCGAACGAGAAACGCCUUCCGCAAUAUAAAUAAUUAUAAAUAUAAUCAUCUUUCAAUCAAUUAGAAUCAUCGAAUCAUUUAUUUAAUAAAAUUUUCUUUUGCUUAUUUAAUCUAAAUCCUCUUCGUUUUCAUGAACGUAAGAGAGUGCGAAGCUCGUUAAAUAUUAGUAUAAUCUGAGAGCGUGUCGUAAUGUUGCAGCUUGUAUCGUAUCUGUAAUUUCCUUUUUUUAAUAGUAUUUUGUAAAUAUAAUCGUUUCAAUAUUAACUAAAUAAAUAGAAUUAAGUCAAUCAGUCAAUAGCACAGGAACCUUUAUUUAUACGGAUAUUUUGAAUUUACAUAAAUAGUUUUAUGUUUGUCUUCUUGUAUGUAAUUCUUGUAUGUGUUCCCUACAAUCAACGGAAGUUGCACAUAUUGUUAGAAUGUUCAAAUAAUGAGGUAAAACAUAGGUCAGAGUAGGUCGUCGCAGAACGAUAUUAUUGUUUGAAAUGUUAGUAUCGAUUUGCACAAAUUAAUUUAAAAUUUAAGUAUUUAUAAUGAGAUUAUAAUAAUAAUAUUGUAUAUCAUUAUAUCCAAUUUGAUGUAGAAAUUGUCAUAUUUGAUAGUAUGCUAGACAAUAUAGAAGCGUUUGUUUAGAACAGACUACAUGUACUAAAUUAUUAUAUAGACUUCAUAUGUGAUUAAUAAUUACUGUAUUUAUAUAUAAUAUAACAAUGAUAUACAGUAAAUAAACAAUUUCCACCCGACCAGUUUGAUAUUUGUAUUAAUCAUAAAGUUAUAAGUCAGAUUGUGACGAAAUCGUUAAGCGUACUUAUGUUACAAUCCAAAAAAUGCAGUUUGAUAUAAAAGUUGAAAGAAUAUUCGUAUUUAAGAGUAAGCAGGUCAACAGCGAUUUAAGGAUACAACAUUUUUGCCGUUUUUACUUUCCUCAGACGUUUGUGACAACAUUCUCGACAUAAUAAAGUAACUCGAUAGAUGAUAGCGAUCGCCUUGAGCUUAUGUUCCUCAUUUAAGUGAUUUUUGUUUAUAUUAUACAAAAAAAAACGUGUAAAAAUUAUAAGUAUACGUCUUUUCGCUUUAAGGAUUAAUUUUUAAGAUACUCUAUCAUGUGCAAUGAUUUUUGUGACAGUGUCUGUAAAUAUUAAUUACGUUUACUCGCCAGUGAAUUCAAAUACCCAGUUAGCACUAUUGUCAUAUCUUAUUUCAUUGGUACUUAAUAUUAAUGAAAAAUGUUCUAAAUGCAUUAAAUGGCUGUAAAAAUAAUAUUGUAAGAGUACAUUGGACACUGACGUGAUUAUGGCUGCAUUACAUACGAUAUGGAUGGAUUAUUAGAAAGUAUGUUUAUUUUGUGGGUAAUAAUUAAAUGAUAUCCCCAUUUUUAUAAAUUUUAGAUAUUCAUAUAUUCGUUCAAUAGAAUGCACGCCGUAAGAAUGAAAUGGUCCAAUCGUUAUUUUCAUACACACGCAGCUUGUCAUAUUUUGCAAGUAUUUUUAUGAAAUUUUACAUACAAUGACAGACGAAGCAUAUUAUGACAUUAGACAAUUUGUAAUUACCUUAUUAAUUAAAAGAAAUAAAAAUAAUAAAUAACACAUAAUAACAAAUUGUCUAGACAUAUCUAAGGAUGUUAGCACACAUUUAAUGUAUGGCUGUUAAGUACGUAAGGCGUGCGAAUAAAUAAGUUCUAUGACAAA